GCCCAGCGAUUACCUGAACUCCGGCGGUCCGGCGUCUCGGCUUUCCCCCCGACUCCGCCCGCCCUGCUGCCUCCUGCUGCGUCGCCUACACGCUGAUUCCGUGGCGGCGGAAGGAAGUAACAGGCGGUAUCUGGCGAGGCGAGGAGCGGGUGUUUUGGACCGAGAGCAAAGCCCUGAACCCUAGAAAGAGCCGCCCCGGCGCCGUUUCCUUCUUCCCGAAUCGAUCCCCUUGUCCCGGCGAUGAACCGGCGGCAGGAGCUCUGCAGGAACUUCCAGCGGGGCAGCUGCAAGUACGGGGCGCAGUGCAGGUUCGUGCAUGCCUCCUCUAACCAGCAGCAGCAGCAGGCGGCGAAGCCCAACCCCUUUGGGUUUGGUACCUCGAGCAGGCAGCAGCAGCCCUUCGGUACGCAGUCCCAGCAGCAACCGCAGCCAAAUCCUUUCGGGUUCGGAGUGCAAGCUGGUGCCGCACAGUCACGAAACGCUCCUGGCCCGGCAAAGCCUUUUCAAAACAAAUGGGUAAGGGACGCCUCAGCUCCGACGAAGCAACCAGAGGCGCAGCCAGCACCGCAGGCGGCCCAUACAUCCUGUACAGACCCUGAGUCCUGCAAGCAACAGAUAUCUGACGAUUUUAAGAAUGAGACUCCGCUCUGGAAGCUUACUUGUUAUGCUCAUCUCAGAAGUGGCCCUUGUGACAUUGUGGGCGAUGUUAGCUAUGAGGAGUUGAGAGCUAAAGCAUAUGAAGAGGGCAAGCGAGGGCAUCCCCUGCAGUCAAUAAUUGAGGGAGAAAGAAAUCUACAAAAUGCAAAGUUAAUGGAAUUUACUAAUUUGCUGAACAAUGCACGUCCAUCACAAACUCCAAGCUUUCCAACCGUGGGCUCCUUCCCUGCAGUGAAAAAUACCUCAUCCUUUGGGGGUUCUCAAACUAAUGGACCACCUGUGUUUAGUAGUUUCAGUCAAAUUGGAGCAGCGACAAAUUUUGGAUCUGGCUUAAGAACCGCCACACCAGGAGUACCAACCAAUGCUCUUUUUGGUCAGUCUACCCAGCCUGCUUUUGGCCAGUCUACCCAGCCUGCUUUUGGCCAGUCUACCCAACCUACUUUUGGUCAGUCAGCACAGUCUACUUUCGGCAGUGGUGGAAUGAAAUUUGGAGUUCCAGAUGCAAGCCAGACGUCAAGGCAACCAUUCGGGACUUUGCAAGGCUCAAGCAUGUCCAGCAACAGCAAUUUUCCAAAGUCUCCUAGCUCCUCUGUUCAUCAAAGAGACAUUGAUAGGCAGUCAAUGGAGUUACUUAAUGGGAUGACAGCUCGUACAAGUGCCAUGAACCAGGCACCUGUUGAAGACAAUAGGAAUGAAAAUAAGGAUGAUAGUAUCUGGCUGAAGGAGAAAUGGGCAAUUGGAGAGAUACCACUGGAUGAACCGCCACAGAGGCACAUUAGCCAUGUAUUUUAAAGAAGUUAAAGGAAUUUCUUGUUGCGGAGGCAUGAUCCAGUUCGUGGUCUUUACUGGUCUCUUCUAUGUACUCCGUUCAGUGUGCAAGGCGGCAUCAAUUGUGUACAGUUUUCUCCCCCGAGCUCCAUUACGACGACAGACGGAGAAAAACAAGCUGGAGAAACGUACCACGACGCAUAUGAAGAAGGCCAAUUUGUCAAACCGAUGCAGCGUUUUGACACCACUGAUCCAGUCCAGUACUUUCACCUUGGGGUCAAUCCUUGAUCAAGUGUGAAUCAUUGAUGUAACAUGUUCUUUUUUGGGGAAGCAAUUGUACUUUUUUUUUCUAACUUAACUGCACCCCGUAUUCUGUCAAUGAGCCUUUUGGCAUGCAAAAUUCUUCUUCCUGGCUUGCCAGCA